AUGGAUGAGUCUACUGUUGUGAUGAACAAAUCGAUGAACUUUCCCGGUCGAAUUGUGAAAGCACCCAGGACUCCGAAGGCUUGUGACAACUGUCGAAGGAGAAAAAUCAAAUGUAGUAACAUCAGCCCAUGUCUAAAUUGUGUGGCAUCUGCAUUGAAAUGUGUUCAUUCUCAAGAACCUAAGAGAUUGAAUACGUCUUUUUUUGAAUCACCGUUCAAGUUGAACCAUGAUUUGUCAUCUUUGAAGGAUUCUCUAGCAGGGUUGUCAAAUCGACUUUUGUCCGCUAACUCGCAAGAAGUCAAGAAUCAUAUCAAAGGAGCCAUCUUAGCAUUGGAAAAAGUGGAGAAGGUGGACUUAGAGUCUAUAACACAAAUCCAAUAUGACGCAAUUGAAAGCUACACUGGGACUCAUUCUAUUGAAACAGCAAUGGUCAGUAAACCGCACCUUUUUGAUAGGUUUCCGAUUGGAACAAAUUCAAAUGUUGAUCCACCACUCAAUGCGCACUUUGGGAUGUACACACCGCUAGUUUAUUUUACGUCAAUUGGAAUUAGCCAUUUGAUGACAAAACUACUUCAAAUUCAGGACUAUCGAGGGACUCGGGAGACAAUGUACCUUCACCUAAAAUUUCUAGACCUUAGUUCUGAAAUUUACAUGAGCCUGGAACCAGAAUUGGGUCAAGAUAGCAAAAUUUCUAGUCAAUUUGAAGAUUUACUUUGCAUGUUGCCUUGCAAUGUCGAGAAUGAGAUAUUUCAAUUUCGCAAGAAACCGAUGAGAAAAUGUUCUGAUAUGCUUCACUCUUGCAGCCAUAUACAGCACUGUUUGCAAAAGGCUUUUUGCCAACCAAUUCUAAAGUCAACUUUGAUCGAGUCAUAUAUUAAAGCCGUUGAAAAGCUUGCCACACUAUGCUGCAAAGCGUUCGGUCUGUCAGUCCUUACUGGGCCAGGACGUUCGCCCUCUCCUGACAUUCUGAUUGAGAUCAUUGACGAGAUGUACUGGGUGUUUGAUUCCAAGUCUACGGGUAUGUUGAUUGCUCUAGCUUGCCGAUCGCUUCUCGAUUCAGGUUAUGGCCGCUGGGAGUACAAUGUUGGAAUCAAUGAAAAAUCAGCUGACAAUAAGCGAAAGAUAUGGUGGAAAUGUUUUUGGUGGGACAGGUGGAGCGCAAUGAGCACUGGGAAACCCCCAAUACUUUCCGAAGAAACAAGCAAUUGCCCGUUCCCUCGUGAGGUGAUGUGUCUCAAAGUCGAUGAUGAAAUGGACUGCCUUGCCUUGGCUGAGGGCGUUGAUCUAAAGGCGUCUAAUCUAGAAGGAUGCUUGUCUUUUGGUUAUAUUUUGCUCGCAAAAACUAUAUCCUUUGCAUUUUCAUCGAUGCUGUAUAGCCAAGAGUUUACAGCCUAUAGACGCUAUUCCAGUGAUGUUUGGAGAAAUUCCGAUCAAACUUUAAUUGAAUUAAAAAAGCGUCACCAUCAAUUGGUUGAAACCUUCCGCUUAGUUGACAUCAAAGUGACUCCUAUCGUACAAUCAAAUUUGCAAGAGCAACGAUGCCAUCGACUUUACAUGUUCAUCAAGACUACAAGUGUAUUCAUAUCUCAGGAGUUAUGUAGCCUUUUCACGAGGUUGCAGAAGUGCCUUCCCACCAAGGAAGCAUCACUUGUUGUUGAUCUAAUGAGGCGAAGUGCCCAGCAUCUCUUCGAAAAUUCUAAAGAUGCAUUGUUAAAUGUUCUUAAGCUUGAAGAUACCAAAGCACUAAUAGAACAUGGCAAAAUAUAUAUAUUUAUUCAUGCUAAACAUGGCCUUUCAGAUGGUGGCCAAUUGGGAACAAAUAGAACGAGCUCUGACAAGUUUCUUGUCAACAUGUGUGAAAUCUGUGGCCGCCUUACGGAUCUUGGUAACAACUCAAACUUGCGACAUCGUUCAUUGCUUGGUAGUGUUGCCUGCUUCAUUACAGCGCGUAUGUGCUGUCAAGCAUGCAUGGGAUCUCAAAGAAAAACCAAAGAACAGCUCUUCGGGGUUCCCGAAGAAUCCGGUGCUCAAAUCAUUAAAGUCGGGAGAAAUGUCAUGGAUAGCAAAAGCUCGUUAUAUGCUGUACUCUGA